UUGAAAAUUUGCCAAUGUGCCUAUCUCUACGCUAUCUUUCUUCUCAUUUCCCCCCCACAAAGCAGAGUGAAGCCUCAACAAGAAUCCUAACAUAAACCCAGUAGAUUUUCAAGAGUUGAAGAUUUAGUAAGAAUGGCGGAGGGCAGAGACAGAUUAACUAGGCUGGAAGAUCCAAUAUACGUCUACAGUCGUCGACGGAGGUCAAUUGGCAGAGGCGGCAUUGAGAUCUUUGAGGAUGAAUCAGAAGCGAGCACUGCCGUAGUUCCCCUACGGACUACACCGACGACGGUAAGAACGUCCGGCGGCGGUCGUGGGCGAAAUUUGCGUAGAACUCCUGCCAGGGCGAUUGGUAGUCAGAACAUUUCGCCGGGAGGCCGGGGACGAUGGCGCGGGCGUCGCAGUGUACUUCCUUCUUGGUAUCCAAGAACUCCUCUCCGUGACAUCACUUCUAUUGUCAGGGCUAUUGAAAGAACAAGAGCUCGCUUGAGAGAAAGUGAAAGCGAACAACUUGAGAGGCUUCUACCCCAGGAACAUACUGAUCUUGAUCCUUCUGAAUCUACAUCAGGUGCUCAACUUGAGCACAAGAAUCCUAUGAUUACUCCACGUCCAAAAGUCAGAAGCAGGUAUCAUCCCAAAUCUGUUGGUAAAGUGCCAAAGAUAUUGCUUGAUAUCACCAAUCAAAAAAGUUCUGAAGACACUGAUUGCCUCACACCACAAAGAAAGUUGCUGAACUCAAUUGACACUGCUGAGAAAGCUGUGAUGGACGAACUGCAUAAAAUGAAGAGGGCUCCUAGUGCUAGGAAAGAAGAGAGGGAAAAAAGAGUGAAAACUUUAAUGUCCAUGCGCUGAUUUUCCAUCUGAUGUCCAACUCAAUCAAGGUUGAGGCAAACAGGCUUUGAAAUUUUGGAGGAAAGGAGAAAGUGCAGCUGACCGGCCAGGUAAAGACGAUCAUCUUCUGAUGAUCAAGCUAUUAGUUGAAUCAGGAUAUCGCUGAUAUCUUUCUGAUCCUUAUUAGUAACUGGAGUUAAAACUGUACCUUGUGGAAUUGAUUUUCACGCAUUUGUAUUUCAUCAUUAGCUGGAGAUAUGCGUUUGAAUAUGUACAUAAUGGCUAACAUUGGAAUCAUACAUGAGUUCUGUUUAGUGUUUUAAUAAGCUGAUGCAGUUCUGUUUUC